AUGAGUAUUAACCCCUUUCCUCGCUGUCAUGAUACAAUCUGGCUUUUUCUCCAUGUCUUCAUCCUCAACAUCCCUCCCAGUCGACUCGUUCUCUUUCCCGCAUUCGCUGGUUCGGCCUGGUUUUUAACUCUGGCCUCGUUGCUGUUGACAUGGUUCGCCCGCGGAAUGCCUCAAUAUCCGGGACAGAGUAACCCGCAUGUUGCAUUCAUCUCAGACAUUGCCUCUUUCGAGCUGAAACCGCUUUUUCUAGUGGGCUCUUCCAUAACAGCCGUGGGAUUCCUCAUCACCGUCGCUACUGUUCAUGUAGUGCGCUAUGAACCGGGGUUCGCCUUGGUAAAGCGUCCUUUGCUUGAUAAUCGUAACCAUAAUGGAGGUCAUAAUUAUGUUGAAAAUAGCAACUUAAACUAUGACGACCCAGACGACAAUCAAUCCCCGAGCGAGGACGAAGAGGACUAUGAAACUACGAGAACCUUGAGGCUUAUCUCUCUGCUAUCAAUCUUCGCCGCCAGUGUGGCCAGCAUGGCCCUAAUCUUACUGGCCGUCAUGGACACCUUUCGGUACAAGAGUGCGCACCAUGUAUUCCUUCAGGUUUGUUUCGCUGGCAUGGCUAUACAAUCUGCCUGCACUGCUAUCGUGUAUUCAAACGAGGUGCUCGGGUUCGUGUCGUAUGUGUAUCAUCUGGGCAUAUGGCAACAUGAUUGGGGGAAGCGAAGUUUACGUGUGAGAGUGUUUGCCUCCCUCUCAACCGCCUUGAUCCUUAUAGAGGUGUUCCUCGGAGUCGCUUUUAUCUCCCUAACCGUCCCUGAGGAAACGACAAGCUACCAAAAGGCAGGGAUCCUUGAAUGGAUCAUCGCGUUCUUGGGAACUAUGUACCUUUGGCUAUUUUGUGGAUUCCUUGAUCGGACCAAUUUCGACGGCUACGUCCCAAGCGCGCUUUACAGGCCCCCGAUCCAAAGGAAAGAUCUUCAAUCAUCCGAUGCGUUGCAAAGUCCAAUACAGGAUUUGGAUCCUGAGCGCACCCCGCUAGUGGGGAGGCCCAGGGGUCGGAAAUACACGUGA